GCGGAAGGAGCCGAAGGCGGAGUGGGGCGCCGAAGCGGGGCGGCCUAGCGCUCGGGCCCCUCCGGAAAGAGCCGAACCGCACUCGGAAGAGGAGGGCGCCUUUGCCUUCGGCGCCUGGCCCCCGCGCGGUGCCCUCUGUCGGCGGCUUGGGGCAGCUGUGGCAGCGGUGGCGGCGGGAGGCGGUAGCCGCGUCGACGUCGACCAAGACUGGAGCGACGUUUAAAGAAGGAGCCGAGUCGCCGCGGAGUCCGGCUUCUGGUUGUUGGAGGACUCCCACCCUUCCGCGCGGCCCGACGACGAGAAGCUGCGGCGCCGGGAAGCAGGCAUGGAGAGUAGAAAACUGAUUUCUGCUACAGACAUUCAAUACUCUGGCAGUCUGCUGAACUCCUUGAAUGAGCAACGCGGCCAUGGACUCUUCUGUGAUGUUACCGUUAUUGUGGAAGACCGAAAAUUCCGAGCCCACAGGAACAUCCUUUCAGCUUCUAGUACUUACUUCCAUCAGCUCUUCUCAGUUGCUGGGCAAGUUGUUGAACUGAGCUUUAUAAGAGCAGAGAUCUUUGCAGAAAUUCUCAAUUAUAUCUAUAGUUCUAAAAUUGUUCGUGUUAGAUCAGAUUUACUUGAUGAGUUAAUUAAAUCAGGGCAGUUAUUAGGAGUUAAAUUUAUAGCAGAGCUUGGUGUCCCGUUGUCACAGGUUAAAAGCAUCUCAGGUACAGCUCAGGAUGGUAAUGCAGAAACCUUACCUCCUGGUUCUAGUGACAAGAACCUUGAAAUACAAAAAUCAAAAGAUGAAGCCCAAGAAAAUGGGGCCACUAUAAUGCCAAUUAUAACAGAGUCUUUUUCCUUAUCUGCUGAAGAUUAUGAGAUGAAAAAGAUCAUUGUUACCGAUUCAGAUGAUGACGACGAUGACGUCAUUUUCUGCUCUGAGAUUCUGCCUGCAAAGGAGACUUUGCCGAGUACCAAUACAGUGGCAGAGGUCCAGCCUAACCCAGGCUCUGUUGCUAUUUCAGAUGUUGCACCUUGUGCGAGCAAUAGCUCUCCCCCUUUAACAAAUAUCACACCUACUCAGAAACUUCCUACUUCUGUGAAUCAGGCAACUCUGAACCAAACACAAGGAAGUGAAAAAUUGUUGGUAUCUUCGGCCCCAACACAUCUGACUCCCAACAUCAUUUUGUUAAAUCAGGCAUCACUUACUACACCACCAAAUGUCAGUUCUUCACUUCCAAAUCAUAUGUCUCCUUCAAUCAAUGUACUUGUGCAGAAUCAGCAGCCACCAAACAGUGCUGUUUUAACAGGAAACAAGGCCAAUGAAGAGGAGGAGGAGGAAAUUAUAGAUGAUGAUGAUGACACUAUUAGCUCCAGUCCAGACUCGGCGGUCAGUAAUACAUCUUUGGUCCCACAGGCUGAGAUCCCCCCAAAUACCGCUUUUGAUGGAUCGUUGAUACAGAAGAUGCAGAUUCCUACACUUCUGCAAGAGCCACUUUCUAAUUCUUUAAAAAUUUCAGAUAUAAUUACUAGAAACACUAAUGAUCCAGGUUUAGGAUCAAAACAUCUAAUGGAGGGUCAGAAGAUUAUUACUUUAGAUACAGCUACUGAAAUUGAAGGCUUGUCGACGGGUUGCAAGGUUUAUGCAAAUAUUGGUGAAGAUACUUAUGAUAUAGUGAUCCCUGUCAAAGAUGACCCUGACGAAGGGGAGGCCAGACUUGAGAAUGAGAUACCAAAAACAUCUAGCAGUGAGACGGCAAAUAAACGUAUGAAGGUAAAACAUGAUGAUCACUAUGAGUUAAUUGUAGAUGGAAGGGUCUAUUAUAUCUGUAUUGUAUGCAAAAGGUCAUAUGUCUGUCUGACAAGCUUGCGGAGACAUUUUAACAUUCAUUCUUGGGAGAAGAAGUAUCCUUGCCGUUACUGUGAGAAGGUAUUUCCUCUUGCAGAAUAUCGCACAAAGCAUGAAAUUCAUCACACAGGGGAGAGAAGGUAUCAGUGUUUGGCCUGUGGCAAGUCUUUCAUCAACUAUCAGUUUAUGUCUUCACACAUAAAGUCAGUUCAUAGUCAAGAUCCUUCUGGAGACUCAAAGCUUUAUCGUUUACAUCCAUGCAGGUCUUUACAGAUCAGACAAUAUGCAUACCUUUCUGAUAAGUCAGGCACCAUGCCUGUCAUGAAGGAUGAUGGUAUUGGGUAUAAGGUUGAUGCUGGGAAAGAACCUCCAGUAGGGACCACAUCUACUCCUCAGAACAAGCCAAUGACCUGGGAAGAUAUUUUUAUUCAGCAGGAAAAUGAUUCAAUUUUUAAACAGAAUGUAACAGAUGGCAGUACUGAGUUUGAAUUUAUAAUACCAGAAUCUUAUUGAACUCCUUUGAAAUAUCAGAAAGUUUUGGUUUGGAUUAAGGGUCAGGGCUUUCAGAAGACCUGUAAAACAAAGGUGAAGACAAGUUGAUUUGAUCUGCCAUGUCAUCUGAAGGUAGUCUAGUUGGAUUAUUUGUUGAUAAUUUUUUAGAAGCAAAUUAUUCUGAAAGUUUGAAUAGAGAUUGAGAAGUUUUUCCCCCCAAGUAUCCAUUUUUAUAGUUAGCUUUCAGCACAUUUAAAAGAGGCAAAAAGAAAAAAAAAGCUUGGAGAGAUAGUUUCCUGAAUAGAAUUUGAAGCAGUCUGAAUGUUCUUUGAAAAUAACUGGAGUUAUUAGCAUACCCUAGUAUAUCUUGCAACUUUCCCCUUCCGUGUUAGCACUUUACUGAUUAAUUCUCAAUUUUCUUAUUAUUGAGACUAUAAAUGUGUCGUGUCUUGUAUAUGGCAUAAAAAGUAAACAAGAACUUCUAAAGUUGUCCUGGAAAUUUUCAGAAUAAGUCUCUGCUUGGUUGUGUAUUCUGCUAACCCAAAUGGAUAGCAACCUCCUGCCCCUCGUGAAAAUGGCCGUGCAGACAAAUCUCUCGUUUGAAGAAUGAAGUAGUUUUAGCUAAUUAGAAUUAAACCUUGCUUUUAUUGCCAUAGUCUGGAAAAGACCUGUGGCUGGACUACUGUAUAUACCUUUGCAAUGUGGUUUCCGUGGGCAAAAAUACUAAAGGAAAACAAAUCUCUGUAGUGCAGACAGGAAGAGGUGAAAUGUUCUAUCGCAUUUGUUUUGAAUUCUGCACUCUUAUAUGAUAGCGACAGAGAAUGGAAAUAAAUGGAGAUUUCCUUUUUGCUUGUUAUGGUUAAAAAUAUUCCCAUGACAUUUUUCAAAUUUUGAAUCUGAAAGCCACCAAAUUAAUCUUUAUGUAUAAAUCUUUAUAAAUGACAAAUUUCAUAAAUGAGACGCCUAUAUAUUUUGGGCGGGAGGCUACUGGCAUAUAUUUUUAAAUGUUCAUAUUACUUAGAAUCUCUAAUAGGAAGUUUUUAUUUGACAUAGUUGAAUCAGUGAUCUAGUAUUUUCCUUUCAGCAAGACCUUUUAGGUUUUUACUCCUUCUAAAAUAAGUUCCAUUCCAUCUGCA